ACAUAUAGAGAGCAGCUCAGCUCAGCUCAUUCCUUUUGCUUACUUUAAAGCCACGCGCAAACGCGAGCAGAAACACACUUGCUCACUUCAUCUUCGCCUUCAUCCUCAUCUUCAUCUUCUCUCCCUCCUCCUACUUCUUCUUCUUCUUGCCCCAUCUCCAUUUCAAGCAAUGCGGGGAGGGCAUUGACCAUUAGCUGGUCUAUCUCUAUCCAUUGUUCACCAGUGCCGCCACCGAUCGACCUCCAACUCAUUCUUCUUUCUCGUCGAUCUAUCUCUAGCUAGCCAGAUAGCUUGGCUCUGCAGGAUGACCAACAACAACGGCAAUGGCAAUGGCGGCAGCAACGCGGCGGCGAGUGGCUGGCUGGGCUUCUCGCUCUCGCCGCACAUGGACGAACACAACCACGUGCAGCAGCAGCAACAGCACCAGGGCCUAUUCUACCCCAGCUCCGUCGCCGCCGCCUACAGCCUCGGCGGCGACGUCGCCACCGACGGGUACUAUUCGCAGCUAGCCUCCAUGCCUCUCAAGUCAGACGGCUCCCUCUGCAUCAUGGAAGCUCUACGCCGAACCGAUCAACAAGAUCACCACGGUCCGAAGCUGGAGGACUUUCUGGGCGCGGGGCAACCGGCGAUGGCGCUGAGCCUGGACAACACCUCCAACUUCUAUUACUACGGCGGCGGUGGCGGAGCCGGUGGGCAACACGGACAGAGCCACGGCGGCAGCUUCCUGCAGCAAGCAUACGACGUGUACAGCGGGCCCGCAACGGCAUCGGUGCUGGCGGCCAAUGAGGACGCCGCGGCAGCCACGGCCAUGGCGAACUGGGUGCAGGUCGCGCGCGGUGCCACCGCGUACGCCACAGCCGAGAACGUCUUGUCCGCGGCGGCGGACCGGCAGCAGCAUCUUCACCACCACCCUCUGGCACUCUCCAUGAGCUCCGCCGGGUCGCUCUCCAGCUGCGUUACCGCGGGGGCCGAGUACGGCGGCGUCGGGGCGACGGUGGACGGCGGGCGAAAGCGCGGCGGCGCGACGGCGGGGCAGAAGCAGCCGGUGCACCACCGCAAGUCCAUCGACACGUUCGGGCAGCGCACGUCGCAGUACCGUGGCGUCACCAGCAGGCAUAGGUGGACGGGGCGGUAUGAGGCGCACCUGUGGGACAACAGCUGCAAGAAGGAAGGCCAGACCAGGAAAGGGAGGCAAGUUUACCUCGGAGGAUAUGACAUGGAGGAGAAGGCGGCGAGAGCCUACGACCAGGCGGCGCUCAAGUACUGGGGCCCUUCCACCCAUAUCAACUUCCCGCUCGAGGACUACCAGCAGGAGCUGGAGGAGAUGAAGAACAUGACGAGGCAGGAGUACGUGGCACACCUUAGAAGGAAGAGCAGCGGCUUCUCGCGUGGCGCGUCCAUGUACCGUGGCGUGACCCGGCACCACCAGCACGGGCGGUGGCAGGCGCGCAUCGGCCGCGUCUCCGGCAACAAGGACCUCUACCUCGGCACUUUCGGCACCCAGGAGGAGGCCGCGGAGGCGUACGACAUCGCCGCCAUCAAGUUCCGGGGCCUCAACGCCGUCACCAACUUCGACAUCACCCGCUACGACGUCGACAAGAUCAUGGCCAGCAACACGCUCCUCCCGGGCGAGCACGCCAGGCGCAACAAGGACGACAACGCCGCGCCCCUGCCCCUCCCCGCCCCCGACGACUGCGCCGCCUCUGCCCUGGUGCCCGUGUCCACUCCGGGGACGGACACCGGCGGCAGCGGCCAGCACCGCUACCACGACGUCAUGUCCUCGGGCGAGGCCUUCUCGGCGCUACACGACCUGGUCACCGUGGACGGCCACACCGCGCAGGGCGGGAACGGCGCGCACGUGCACAUGUCGAUGUCGGGCGCAUCGUCGCUGGUGACGAGCCUGAGCAACUCCCGAGAGGAGAGCCCAGACCGGGGCGGCGGGCUGUCCAUGCUCUUCGCCAAGCCGCCGCAGCAGCCGGCCACGACAACGGCGGCGUCCCCGAAGCUGAUGAGCACUCUGAAGCCGCUGGGCUCCUGGGCGUCGUCGGCGAGGCCGGCCGCCGUUUCCAUCGCUCACAUGCCCAUGUUCGCCGCGUGGAGCGACGCAUGAAUGAGCACUCGGUCGGACAUGUAGCAAGCCCACGGCGCAUGCAUGGGAUGGCAAUGGCGUGCAGUUUUUAAUUAGUAGGUCGGCGACGUGAUUAAGGAUUAGCAAGUACCAUUGGCUGCAGUUGGUGGUGUAGUAAUAGUAGUAGCAUUAGCGGUAUCGAGAUUACUCCUGCGACUUAAGAUCGAAGAAAUGCACGGUGUGGCCUCCCCUGUUUCCUUCCUCACCGGUGGAGAAGGGGUUUUGUAAAAUGGAGGCCACCGGUGCAUCUCUUCCAAAUCCCAAAAUCAAAUAUUAUAGCUAGCUAGCUCCACUAAUUGAAGUUUCCUGGUUGGUAACCAUUUCAUCAGAUGUGGCAUCUUUGUUCAUCA